AUGCCUCGAUCUCCGGACCGCAACGCGCUGGCGCUUAAGCGCAAGCUGCAGCAGGCCGAAUCUUACUCCGAGCGAACUGAGCCUGCAUCAAAGCGUCAUCAUCUUCAAGGCUAUGAUCCGAAGGCCCCUUGGCUUCAUGAAACGAAGCCCAUCAGUGGAUGGCGAACUUUUGGGAACCCAGCAGUGCACAGUUCACUGCCCUUGGCAAACAUGGUCUCUGCGGUUCAGGACUUGAUUGAUCCCGAAUUUGAUCCACUGACAGCGAUUCUCGACGACGAGCCGCGCUUUUUGAAGCCGUUGCCAGAUCGUAUUGCACCAGAAGACUUGGAGUUCUUGCGCUUCCGCGGGGCUCUGUCUAUUCCGGAGACCGGUCUUCGAAAUGCGUUGCUACGGUCUUAUGUUCAAUGGGUCCACAGUUUCAUGCCUGUCAUCAAUUUGCAAGAAUUCUUGCGAUGCGUCGCGGAGAAUGAUCCUGCAGGGAGGAUUAGUGUUCUACUAUUCCAGGCGGUUAUGUUUGUUGGAACAGCUUUUGUCGAUCUUCAGCAUUUACAAGACGCCGGAUACUCCACGAGAAAAAGCGCACGUGAGAGCUUCUACAUGCGCCUGAAGCUGCUUUACUCGCUUGAUUGUGAAGAGGAUCGCAUUGCUAUAUUACAGACUUUGCUGUUAAUGACAUACUGGUCAGACCCUGACAACAGCCUUCAUCGAGACAUUUGGGACUGGAUCGGCAUCUGCAAUACCCAAGCCCAUUCCAUUGGACUUAACAAAGAUCCACUCAGUGGUGACAUCGAUCCCAAACUUCGGCGGCUUCGCACACGGAUCUGGUGGUGUAUUUAUUCACGCGAUCGCCUAAUCGCAAUGGGUAUGAGGCGUCCACUCCAGGUGAAUGAUGGCAACAGCAACGUACCUAUGUUGAAACUGGAUGACUUUGACUUUGAACCUUUCUCUCAGUCGGUGCAAGCUUUGUUUCAUUGUCGACAACUCGAAGAUACUUCACAUCAAAAGCGCCUGGCGACCAUGUUCAUCGAGAAAGUGAAGCUUUGUCAAUGCAUUGGCCGGGUGUUGUUUGCUCAGUAUGCUCCCUCUCAACGCCAAUUCGGCGUAACGGACCGUACGACAGUGACAUUGGUUCCUCGACAAGCCUCUGAAUCCGAAUUCACAAGGUGUAGCCAAAAACUUGAAUCCUGGCUGAGCUCGCUACCGAAGGACGCGCAAUUUAUCCCUGAAUCACGGAGCAAUUUCCGCGACGGUGAAGAGGUACUCUUAUUACAUGGAGCUAUGCUGCGCAUGCUCUACCACGCCACCACAAGUGCCCUGCAUCGACCAUGGGCCACCAACACCAGAGACCAGUCCAAGACACGCCAGGAGCGGCAAAACGUGGCCCAAAUGAAGAUGCAGGAGGCGGCCACAGGAAUCACCCAUAUCAUUCAAGGCCUACACCAACUGAACCUCACGCGCUUCCUACCGCAGACGGGAGUCACAGUCAUACUCCCGGCCGCGGUAGCUCAUCUCUCCAAUUCCUCUUCCGACAAUCCCGCUGUUCGCGAGAACAGUAUCUCCAAUUUCCAACGCUGUGUUCAAGUGCUCCAUGGGUUGAAAGACAUCUAUCCGGCUGCCGGCACCGAAUUCGCCAACUUAGUAGCCGCGAUCAAGAUGCAACCCGGCAACUGCGCCUCCAAUGCAUUUUACCGAAUCAUGCAAUAUACAUUCGACACCUCCACAUCUCCCUCGCACACUGAUGUCAGGAGACCAAGUAUUGCAGACGCCGUCACGAGAACAGAGACUGGUCAAAGACCAGAAAAUCCACCUACAGAAUCUUGGGGUGCCGCACCGAUGAUGACAAACGUGUCAACGAACACGAAUCAACAGACCACUCCAGUCACGGCCCACCAGGCUCGAAACAAAAACCAACAAUAUCCCUCAAUGAACCAACAAGAGAACAAAUCUCCUUCAAUCCCAGCCGAAACACAAGGAGAUAAGCGACGCUCAUUCCCAAACGACUUCGACGAUCACUUUGCACUUCCCACUCAUAACCUGACGCCAGGGUCCGAGAAUCCUUUCUCCUACCUCUCUUUUGACUUCAAUUCGUUUUUGGACAUACCCUCUCCCUCAACGAGUACUGAAAAAGGUUCACUUCAGAGCCUCAAUUUCUCACCAUCCGCAGACCUAGACGGCAUCGACUGGGCACAGGCCUUCUUCCGAAGUACGCCCCUUGCGGAGCCUGGUAAUCCCGGCGAGGCAGUCAAUUACCAAAGGUCGCCACCAAUGCAACAUCAAUCACAAUCAGACAAAGAAGCCGAAGCGGCAACGUCUGAUAUGUUCUCUUUCCCUGUUGAUGUUGAAGAGGACCGUUCUGUAAAUCGCGAGUAUGGUGUAUUUUCUGGCGGCCUGAAGAACAUCACGGGAGAUCUUGACCGGGAUCUGGGCUUCCAGAGUGAGGAUGAGAGGGUUUGA